UGACAGUGACAGUUUAAAUAAAAUUUUAAUAAAGUUGUGGUCUUGGUGUGUUAGCAGAAAAUUGAGAGAGAUUAAUGAUUUUAUUCAUACAAACAAGAAUAAAUUGAUUGAGAAGAUUGUUUGGGCUUCGAAAUGGAUUCCAUGUACAAUAAUCCGAUUCGACAAAGAUUAAACAAGAUAUUUGAUACACAUUUGAUAACAGAUAACAGCGAUGCUUUGAACACAAUGUCUGGGUUAUGCACCGCAAAUUCGUCAUACACAAGAAGAGUAUUGGUUAACGAAAUCGAGAAAAGAGAUGUUUUGGUGAAUAAGGCAGUUCUUAUUGAAUUCAAUAAAGUCAAAGGUAAACUACACAUUUUAUUAGAUUCUCUGGCUAAUCUUGAUGCUGCAGUCAUAGACAUGUCAAAUAGACUGCAAGAGUCCAAGACCAAAACUCAUCAUCUAAUAACUCAAACAACUAAACUCAAGGAUGAAAGGAAGAAAACAGAGAAAAAAAUUGUUUGGGUUGACGCCCUAUUAAAUAACUUCCAAAUAUCUCCUGAGCAAAAUGAAUAUCUUUAUAAUGUUUCUAUUAGGACACCAUUGACAUCUGAUUUUUUUUCUACUCUGAGUCAUAUAGAAAAGUUAAAUGAAAAUUGUAAAACGCUUGUACGAUGUUGGUAUCAAACUUCUGCAUUUGACAUAAUGGAAAUCAUAGGAUUACAACAAGAAGUUGCCAUUGAAAAAUUAUAUCAUUGGACUAUUGGUGCUUGCUUAAGUAUUGAUUCACCAAAUAAUGCCCUAGUGCCCAAAGCUCUGGCAAAGUUUCAAAACAGACAAGUUUUGUUUUCUAAUAUUGUUGAUGAGUACUGUUCUGCAAGGAAGGCUACAACUGUGCAGGCAUUUAUUGAUGCGUUGACGAAGGGUAUGGAUGGCUCCAAACCCAUUGAAUUCUAUGCAAAUGAUCCCAAACGUUACAUUGGUGAUAUCUUGACAUGGGUUUAUCAAAUUAUUCCUAUUGAAAAGGAAAAUCUAAAUAACCUUUACAAAUACUGCAAUAUCCCAGAGAAAAAUACCCAGAUUACAGAAGCUAUAACUAGUAUCAUGGAAGCGAUCUGCCCAUUAUUGAAAGUAAGAGCUGAACUAAUUCUCAAGCCUGAUAAAGACCCUCUGGUGUUGUGGUCUAUAACAAAUAUGAUAUUGUAUUACAAAGAUGUCAUACAAAGUGUCAUUCCAGAGGGUCAUCUGAUUGAUACAUUUGAAGAUUUGCUUAAAAAAAGUGAAGAGGUAUUUAUAAUAACCUUGGACAGUAAAAUACAAAAGGAACUUAGUCACGGAGUGAAAGCACCUCCAAUUGAUUUGAAUCCAUCAAUUGUAGUCACUGACUUGGUUGGUUUUUUGCGAGAUGUACUAGCUGUUAUGAAUGCAUCAAACAAUAUAAAUAAAGAUGAUAAGAAGAUCAUAAUCACCCACAUCUUGGAUCCUUUAUUGCAUGCAAUAAAUGAAACUGCAUGCCACCUCAGCUCAACAGAUAUGUCAGUUUAUAUGCUGAACUGCAUAUACCAUAUUCAGUGCACAUUGUCUCUUUACACAGUUAUGGAUGAAUACAAUGAACGACUACAAGCACAAUCGGAAGCACAACUUGAUACUUUGACAUCAGAACAAGCCAGUUUUCUAGUGGCAAACUUGAAUCUUGGGCCCAUUUAUACAAUUUUGCAAGAAAAAUCUAGUGGACCUUUGUCAGCCAUUCCAGGUAUGGACACAGCAACCUUAAAAACAUUUCUUAACAAAUUUGAUAUGUUUCUUGUUUCCCCUGAUGUUUAUAUAUUGCCUCAGUUGAAUUUGUUAUUAAGUCAUACACAUAAAUCAACAGUCAAGAAAAGAUCGUUUGAGGUGAUAUUAGCAGUUUAUGCUCAGCUCUACCAGGCUGUCCAUAAUCCCAUAAAUGGAUAUACAGAACCACAAUCUGUGGUGCGUAGAACCCCAGAUGAAGUGAUGAAAUUGUUAAAUUAAUGUUUUUUAGAUUACUUUUAAAUAUUUAAAAUGUA